AUGGCUCGGGACGUCCCAAUCCUGGCUUUCUCUGCCGAAUUAGCAGCACCUCGCCUCCUUUUCCCCGCUCUCAGCCUUAUCUGCGGGACUGAUCAAGGUCAUUGCCUCACCCGUACUUUCGCUUCCGGUUUACUUCUCUUAUCUUACAAGCACCUCACCUCCGUCUUCGGCCAUCUCCACCCCCUCGCGGAAACGCUCGCGUCCUCGCAGCCUUCCCAUUGUGCCCCCACCUCGAGUCACCUACCCCAUCCAACACCCAGCCAGUCUUCUCCGCGGUACCGCAACAACAAAGCCUCUGCCCAAAGCCCGCAGUCACUAUCAUCUCAACACCCUGGGUCUCAUGUCUCAAGGUCAAGGGUCUCCCCUCUGACCAACUCCCCCCGGAUCGAACCCCUCCCCUUUCCGGUUCAGCCCAGUUGGUCCAUGGCAUCCCGCAGCUCAGGCACCCCGCCACCACCGCCACACCACUCGGCUACCACGUCCAACCGUGAAAGCUUCCUGAGCCGCAAAAAGAAGGAAAUCGUGGAUAGAUCUAUGGCUUUCUUUCAAACGUCUUUAGAUAGAUGUCUUGAUAAUCCAGUUUCUUCUGCGUCCGCUGCCGCCGUCUCGGCGGUGGCGGCCCCCAGACGGAGGGUGAAGAGAGGUAGGGAGGAUGAUGUCGACGAGAGUGGCCCAGGUGUGGUGGGCGGAGACAAGGCCAAGAAGAAGAAGGUGAACCCUAGGGAGGCGAACGAGAAGACGUUUGCGUGCCCAUUCUGCAAGCAUGAUCCGGCCAAGUACAAGAAGACGAAGACCUGCUGUGGGCCGGGAUGGGAAGAUGUUCAUCGUGUCAAAGAACACGUAUACCGCCGCCACUCGUUCAAAAACUUUUGCCCUCGGUGCUUUGAUCACUUCGACAAGCCUGAGCUGCUCAAGAAUCACCAACGCGCUGACGUCCCUUGCAAGCUGCGAGAGAAGUCGUCAGACGCCAUCACCGAGGAGCAAGAGAAGCAGCUCCGCACCAGGGCCAAGGCUCAUUCCUCAGAAGAGGAUAAAUGGAAAGAGAUGUACCGGGUGAUCUUCCCCGGCGAGAAGGUGCCCUCACCAUAUUACGACUCCGAAAACGACUCCUCCAAGUCCGCCAAGAGCCAAUUCCAAAACCUGGACGAAUGCCGCGAGUACAUCCGACGGGAGCUCCCGCGGGUGGUGCGCUCCGCCAUGGAACAGUACGUCAACAAGCUGUUCGAGGACAUCCAGGAGAAAGCCAACCAAAAGACCGCCGAGAUCAUCCGCGACGUCGAGACCACCAUGCUGCGCACCUUCCAGUUCCAGGAAGAAGCCUCCUCCUCCGCCGUCGGCAUGGCCGCCGCCGCCGCCGCCCCGCACCACCACCAUCACCACCAGGGCUUGUCGACCACCCUCACCACCACCAACACCACCGCCAAUAACACCAGAGACCCGUCCUCGCCACCGCCGAGCCCGGACUCGGGCAAGGCGGCCCAGCAGCUGCUGGAGGGGCUGCGGGAUGAUCCGCUGUACAAUGAGCUGUGCAACGAGCUGCAGUUUGGCGUGGUUGAUGAGUUGCUGUCGGGGGGGUUGGAGUAUGGGUGUGGUGAUAGCUUCAGCAUGGACUCGGCGUAUUUUACGUCGUCGUCGAAUGGGGAGGGGUCGUUUGGGAUGGGGGGGUUUGAGUUUGGGCCGAGGCUGGAGUGA